AUGCCUCUUCCCACUCGCAAGAUCGGCAACGACGAUGUCUCGGAAAUCGGGUUUGGGUUGAUGGGACUUUCAGCCUUCUAUGGACCCAUUGGAAGUGACGAGGAACGUUUCAAGGUCCUUGAUGCUGCACUAGAAGAAGGGUGCACCUUCUGGGAUACUGCAGAUAUUUAUGGCGAUAGCGAAGACCUAGUCGGAAAAUGGUUCAAACGCACUGGAAAGCGAGAUCAGAUUUUCCUGGCGACCAAGUUCGGUUUCACACCCACCUUCCCCAAUGGAAAACCGGAAUACGUCAAGUCUUCCUGCGAGAAAUCUCUCAAGAGGCUCGGAGUCGAGACAAUUGACCUUUAUUACCUCCAUCGAGCUGAUAAGACAGUUCCCAUCGAACAUACCGUUGGCGCAAUGGCUGAACUCGUCAAGGAAGGCAAAGUACGCUACCUCGGUAUCUCGGAAGUUAGCGCUGAGACUCUUCGUCGCGCGCACGCCGUGCACCCAAUCGCUGCGUUCCAAGUCGAGUACUCACCUUUCUGCCUGGAUAUCGAAGACGAGAAGAUCGCGCUUCUCAAGACCUGUCGCGAGCUGGGGAUUGCUGUGGUCGCGUACUCGCCUCUUGGACGGGGAAUGCUGACGGGCACCUACAGAUCGCAUUCUGAUAUCCCUCUUGAUGACGCGAGGACGCACAUCCCUCGAUUCGGCGAGGCAAACUUCCCAAAUAUCGUCAAACUUGUGGAUGAAGUGAAAGAUCUCGGCAAGAAGCACAACGCUACGGCCAGUCAAGUCACGCUUGCGUGGCUGCUUGCACAAGGGAGCGACAUCAUCCCCAUUCCCGGGACUAAGAAGAUCAAGUAUCUCAAGGAGAAUUUAGAUGCGUCGAAAAUCAAGCUUUCUCCGGAGGAGGUCGCGCAAGUUAGGAAGAUAGCGAACAACGCGGAUGCGACUGUAGGAGAUAGGUACCCUCCUGCUUUGAUGGAACAAUUCCACUCCAAGAACGUCUCGAUUCAUGGGGGGCAGUUCAAUGUCAACAACGACGUCAAACCCAUCAUUGCAAAGUUGGCUACUAGUAGGGAGCCAGGUGCGUUAGGGAGCCUUGGUCGACAAGCUCUCCGCUUACUCGACUCGAAGGAGCGAUUUGAUCCUCCUAAAUGCAAUCCCAACACCCGCAAAGCUCUGAUUGCUGAAAUUAUGGAGUGGGUCACAAACGACGAGGAAAGUCCGUCUAUUCUGAUGAUUCAUGGACCAGCUGGGGAGGGAAAAUCAGCUCUGGAACAAACAAUUGCAGAACUAUGUCGGAAGAAAAAUCUCCUGGUGGCCAGUUUCUUCUUCUCAAGAACGGCGGUUAAUCGAAGUGAUGGAAAUACCCUCUUUCCGACACUAGCGUAUCAACUCCUACAGGCUUUCCCAGACACGCGCAAACAAUUAGAAGCCUCUGUAUCGGCGGAUCCAGCUAUCUUCGAAAGAUCCCGCCUCACUCAGAUGGAGAAACUCUUCCUUGAGCCGCUCCAAAAAUCCGUCGAAUUGAAAUAUUCUUGGAUUUCGUGUAUUUCUUCCUUCUUGGAGAACGUGAUGAAGGACGACACACAUCCAUACCCUAGGCUGGUAGCCAUCGAUGGACUUGAUGAAUGUCAGGAAAGAGAUAUUCAAUGCGACAUUCUACGCAUCGUCGCCGGCAUCAUCCCACGUCUUCCAUUUCCGCUACGCUUCCUGAUCGCAUCGCGCCCAGAAUCUCACAUAAUGCAGACGAUCAAGGAGGUUCGCACCACGUACAACGUACGAGUUCACCAAGUCGAUCUACGAGACCUCCUGGACGCCGACCACGAUAUUCGCAUAUUUCUCUUGCAAGAAUUUGAAAGGGUAAAACGGUCUCAUCCCCUGGGAACACACCUUCCUGAUGUCUGGCCAGACGAGCAGGAUAUCGAAACCCUGCUCAUGAAGGCGUCAGGACACUUUAUUUAUGCAUCAACCGUGAUGAAUUAUAUUCAGUCACGAAAGCACAGACCGGAGGAUCGAUUGCAAGUCGUUCUCGGUCUCGCUCUUUCCCCAGCAGAAGAUCGACCUUUUUUGCAGCUGGACGCUCUUUACUCUCAUAUUUUCUCUGCCGUUGAAAAUCUAGAUGUCGUUCAGAGGAUACUAGGGAUCGUCUAUCUAGCUACUAACCACGCGUCGCAGUUCGAAUUAUCCAUUCAGGAUACGACACCAUCAGUAAUCGAGGACCUUCUCAUCUUCAAGCCUGGUGACGUUGCCCUAGCGCUCGACGAUUUGGCUUCUCUCUUGAAUGUGUCUGACCGGGAAUCCCCGAUCGAAAUCUUCCAUACCUCCUUGCUUGACUAUCUUAGCGAGACCUUGAGGUCUGGGUGUUAUGCCCUUGACCUGCAGCUAGCCCAUGAAGCGCUUGCGAGGUCCUAUUUGCGGAAUAUUGUUCGGCUCUCGUCUGGUGGGUUGUCCGUUUCCGACAACUCUUUCCAGAUAUUGGACACUCUCUAA